AUGGCAUCUUCUUUCCAAUCCCCGUUCCCUUUUCCUGGAGUCAAGCACGGCCAGCGCAUCCUCACAUCCGUAAUCGAAGCCAGAGCCGAAUCAAACAACACCCCAGCAUGGGUUUCCGUUCCGAUCGAUGAUCAGGACCUGUCACAGGGAUUUCGCGACAUUAGCUUCAAGGAGCUGAACAACGCGGCCAACCAUGCAGCCCACUGGUUGAAGCAGAACCUGCCUCCGACGUCCGAGCCAUUCCAGUGUUUUGCCUAUGCUGGACCGAAGGAUCUUCGAUACCAGAUUCUGGCAGUGGCGGCGGCGAAGGUGCAGAAGGUGAUGGUCCUUCCCUCGCCGCUAGUCACAGCCGAAGCGCAGCUGCACAUUCUUGAGAAGAAAGGAUGCACAGUCUACUUAAGACCGUCAUCAAUGGAAGCGCCUGUUGCAGAGAUCCUAAAAGCAGCUCCACAUGUCCAGACAAUUACCGUGCCAGACAUUGAAGCCUUCAUGCAAGAGGCAGAAGCAGAACCAGUCAACUACAGCAAGACAUUCGAGGAAGGCAAAGCUGAUCCAUGGCUAGUAUUCCACACAUCAGGCACAACAGGAAACCCCAAACCCGUAACCUACACGCACGAAAUGAUGGCCGGAGCAGACAUUGUCGCCUCACUCCCAGACAUCGGCGAGACCCAAAUCCACCACUACGCCCAGCGCCGCUGCUACACCCCACUCCCAUCCCUCCACUUCGUAGGCAUGGCCCUCUCCCUCUCGAUGACAACCUUCAUCCACAUGACCGCCGUAAUCGGGCCCCCCACCCCACCGACCCCCUCCACCAUAAUCUCCCUCCUCAAGCACGGCAACAUCACCACCGCAAUGUUCCCACCCUCCCUAAUCGACGCCCUAACCCUCACCCCAGAGGGCCUCUCCGCCCUCCACUCCCUCCACUACAUCCACUACGCCGGCGCCCCCUUAUCCCGCAAAACCGCCUCCCUCCUACUCCCCCACGUCCCCAUAAUCCCCGGAGUCGGCAGCACCGAAUCCGGCGGGUACUUCACGGAACUGCACCCCCACCAGAGCGACGCAUGGGACUACCUAACCUUCAACAAGCAGCACACAGGCGUAGUAUUCGAGCCUCGCGGUCACGACUCAACCACUGAAUCCCAACUGCACGAACUGGUCUUCGUCCGCGACGCUACCUGCGCCCUCCAACCCAUCUUCAAACUGUACCCGGACCUCACGCGCUUCGAAACGAAGGAUCUAUGGCAAGAGCACCCGAUUCAUAAGGGAUUAUGGAAGAUUAUUGGGAGAAUCGAUGACUACGUGUACCUGUCGCACGGGGACGGGGUUAAUGCUGCGCUGUUGGAGCAGGAGAUUGUGGCGCAUCCGGGGGUCAAGAAUGCGUUGAUUGGGGGACAUGGAAGGGAUAGACCGGUGUUGGUGGUUGAGGCUGUGGAGGGGGUGGAUGUAGAGGAUGAGAGGGAGAGGAGGGAGUUUGUAGAGUCGUUGAGGCCGUAUAUUGAGAGGGUUAAUGGACGGUGUCAUGAGAGUGUAAGGUUGGGAAUGGAGAGGGUGGUUGUAGCGAGCAGGGAGAAGCCGUUUGUGUUGACGGGGAAGGGAAGUGUGGCGCGGUGGAGGACGUUGGAGUUGUAUGAGGGGGAGAUUGGAGAGGUUUGUGCGUAG